GAAAAAGUAAAACAGACAAAGUACACACACACACAAAUAUAUAUCAUAUUAUCAUCAAGUUUUCUCUUUUUUCUUCAAGUUCAACCCCUUUUAAUCUUCUCAGAUCCAUAUUCUUAUUUUUAUCAUUAAUUUUUACAAAUCUCCUGGUAGGUUUGAAUCCAUGGUUCUUGUCUGAAAAUCUACUUGUGUUCUGCUUAGGUUGUUUAUUGAACAAGUCUAACCUUUGUCAAACUAAAAGAAGAGCUGCACUUUUCAUGUCUUUACUUGGUUUUAUUAUGUAAAUGAUCAGUUGCUGAAGAUGAGUUCCAAGUAAACAAACAAAGGUUUGUGUGGUCAGAAAUAUAAGGGGGGUGUAUCAAGAUUAUGGAAGAGGUGGGUACUCAAGUUGCUUCUUCUCAUUAUAUUCACCAAUCACUUUCCAAGCAUUUUCUUGACUCACAACACCACCCCAUGGCUGCGGCUAAGAAGCGUAGUAUGCCUUUCCAUCCCCUCGGUUUUCACCUACCACAGUCGCAACAGCAGCAGCCUAUGUUUGGUUCUGGAUUUCAACAAAGCAGGGGUCAGUGGGACCCUAAUGGUUGGGAUUGGGACAGUGCAAAAUUUCUUGCAAAGCCAGUGGAAUCGGAUGUUAUCCGCGGGGGACCUUCGACAAUGUCUGUGCAAUCUGUAAUGCAGAGAGGUCACGGUGAUGAGAUAAUUGCAGCGAAUUCUGUGGAUUUGAGGGGAAAUCAUGUAGUGGAAGAUGAUGAGAAUCUACUUUUAAAGCUCGGGGGAAGCCGUGUUAAUUCUGCGGAGGAGAAUGUUUUGAGGCCUAACAAGAAAGUCAGAUCUGGAUCUCCUGCUGGUGGGAACUAUCCUAAAUGUCAAGUUGAUGACUGUAAGGAGGAUCUUUCAACUGCUAAAGACUAUCACAGGCGGCAUAAGGUGUGUGAAGUCCACAGUAAAGCUACCAAGGCUAUUGUGGGAAAGCAGAUGCAGCGGUUUUGUCAGCAGUGUAGCAGGUUUCACCCUCUUUCAGAGUUUGACGAGGGAAAGCGAAGUUGUAGGCGGAGGCUAGCAGGGCAUAAUCGGCGAAGGAGGAAAACUCAACCAGAUGAUGUUACCUCCAAGUUGUUACCUCCCACUAACCGUGAGAAUGUUAGUAACGGAGAUGUGGAUCUUGUCAAUAUUUUAGCAAUUCUAGCUCGUGCACAAGGGAAUACUGAAGAUGGCAGCAUUAAUGGCUCAUCGAUUCCCAAUAAAGAUCAGCUUAUUCAAAUCCUUCAAAAGAUUAACGCGUUACCUUUGCCAGCGGAUUUUUCUGCAAAGUUUCCUCCUUCAGGAGUCACUAGUAACAUUGCUCCGUUUCAGUCAGAGAGCGAAAAUAAACUGAAUGGAAAUAAUUCUCACUCGUCAACUCUGGACUUGCUCGCUGUUCUUUCAGGAAAUCAAGCAGGAUCCUCUCCUGAUGCCACUGCAGUUCCUUCCCGAAGAAGCAGUCAUGGGAGCGACAGUGAAAAGACUAGGUCUCCAUGUACCAAUAUGCAAACCAGACACCAGAAUGAGUUUGCUUCAGUUGGAGAAAGAAGUAGUACUAGUUAUCAGUCUCCUACAGAAUGUUCAGAUGGCCAAGUGCAGGAAAUUCGUACUAAUUUACCGUUGCAGCUUUUCAGUUCCUCUCCUGAAAGUGACAGCGCACCGAAAUUGGCAUCAAGCACGAAAUACUUCUCAUCAGGUAGCAGUAACCCUAUGGAAGAAAGGUCACCUUCAUCUUCUCCGCCUUUUGUGCAAAAGUUGUUUCCCACAGUUUUCUCAAGAGAAGCAGUAAAUCCCAAGAGAUUGUUAAAUAGACUUGAGUUUAAUGGGAGUUCUAAAGCUGGUAAGGAUAAAGGCUGCUCCACGUCUCUUGAUCUUUUUGGAGGGAUGAAUAAAUGUGUUGACGAUAGUUCUGUUCAAAGUUUUCCAUACCAGGCAGGGUACACAUCCUCUUCUGGAUCGGAUCAUUCACCUUCAAGUUUAAAUUCGGAUGCUCAGAAUCGUUCUGGACGGAUAUAUUUCAAGUUAAUCGAUAGGGAUCCUAGUCAGUUACCUGGAAAACUGAGAACACAGAUCUUUAAUUGGCUUGGUCAAAGUCCAUCAGAAAUGGAAAGUUACAUAAGACCUGGUUGUGUAGUACUAUCAAUCUAUAUUUCUAUGCCGUCUUCUGCCUGGGAGCAGCUUGAAGACAAUCUACUUCAAAACAUCACUUCUUUGGUUAAAGAUUCGGAAGAUCCAUUUUGGAGAAAGGGAAGAUUCUUAAUUAAUGCUGGAAGACAGUUGGCAUCGUAUCAAGAUGGAAAGGCUCACCUCCGUAAAGCUACGAGGGCAUGGAGUUUUCCUGAAGUAGUCUCUGUGUCCCCUUUGGCAGUUGUUGGUGGGCAGGAGACCACUAUAUUACUGAAGGGGAGAAAUUUGAGUGAUCAAUACACCAAAGUUUUCUGCACGCACGCUGUUGGAUACAAGCUUGAGGAAACUUCUGGAUCAGCUUCCGAUGAUACUACAUAUGAUAGUAUAACUUUACACAAUUUUACGGUUGCUGAUGAAGCACCUGGUGUACUUGGGAGGUGCUUCAUUGAGGUUGAAAAUGGUUUUAGGGGCACCAGCUUCCCUAUAAUUAUUGCCAAUGCUACCAUCUGUAAAGAGUUAAACCUUCUGGAGUCUGCAUUUGAUAAAGUUGCAGCACCACGUGAUGCUAUCUCAGAGGAAUCGUUCCUUGAUUCUGGACGACCCAUAUCAAGGGAAGAUGUUCUACAUUUCUUGAAUGAGCUUGGAUGGGUACUCCAAAGAAAAAGAUACAUGUCCAUGUUUGAGGUCCCCGAAUAUAAGCUCCACCGUUUCAAAUUUCUGUUUAUCUUCUCAGUUGAACAUGACUUUUGUGCUUUGGUUAAAACCCUCCUAGACGUUCUUCUUGAAAUAUGUUUGGGUAGGGAUGAAUUGUCGAGAGAGUCGCUACAGAUGCUGUUAGAGAUCCACCUUUUAAAUAGGGCAGUUAAAAUGAGGUCUAGAAAAAUGGUAGACUUGCUGAUUAAUUAUUUUGUACCUACUGAUUCCGGAAAGACAUACAUCUUCCUACCAAAUCUUGCUGGGCCUGGCGGUAUUACACCUCUACAUUUGGCUGCAUGCAUGUCAGAUGCAAAUUCUAUGGUUGACACUUUGACAACCGACCCGCUGGAGAUUGGUUUGCAUGGAUGGGAUUCCCUUCUUGAUGCAAAUGGCCUCUCUCCUUGUGCUUAUGCUCAGAUGAGAAACAAUCACUCUUACAAUGCGUUAGUAGCUCGAAAGCUUGUUGACAGAAAAAAUGGUCAAGUCUCUGUUCCGGUAGGUGAUGAGAUACAAGAACAAUCACUAAUUGCGGGUCAGAUCCACCAAGCUAGCUUUCAAAUCAGACAAGGGCAAAAAUCUUGUUCAAAGUGCGCCGUCGGGGCUGCUAGGUACAAUAGGAAGACUUCAGCCUCACAAGGCUUGCUUCACCGGCCCUAUAUACAUUCAAUGCUUGCCAUUGCUGCUGUUUGUGUUUGUGUAUGCCUAUUCUUAAGAGGAGCUCCAGAUAUAGGUCUAGUUGCCCCAUUCAAGUGGGAAAAUCUAGGAUAUGGGGCAGUGUAGUCCGUUACAACUAUACAUACACCGUUUCUCGGACCAAGGCCAAUAAUUGUUGUGGAAAUUGAUAAACUGAAAAAAAGUUACAAUUAAAGAAGAGAAAGGAUAAAGCUGAUCAUAAUAUUGUGGCCUGAGGAGGAAUAUGCUAUGCUUCAAAGUAGUAUUAGGCUCAUGCUAAUAAUUUUCAAGCUUUGGUUGGAGAAAACAGAGUUGAGAGUAAUUUUGUGGCAAGGACUGAAUUGAUAUCAUUAUUCUCAAGUAGUGCUGUUCUUUAAGUCUCGAGUGUUGCAUGACAUUGUAAGAUCAUAUGAUAUGGACUGGAGAGGCUGCAUUUGAAGCAAGGAGCAAUAAAGGCUCAACUGGUGUCAGUAGCAGUGUAAGAUAUAGUUUACUGUUCUGUAAAGCCAUUUAGUUUUUCACCUUAAUUUUGUUGUGGUUUUUUUUUCUUUGACUUGUUUAUGUUUUUGAAAAAUCAUGCUGACUAUUAUAUUACUGUAAACUGUAAAGAAUCUACAGGAUCUUAUGAACCUAUAAUAUACUUAGAUAUAAAUAAGCAGCCAACUACUUUUUCCCA